UUCAUUUCAUUUCCUCAAUCUAAUCUAUAAUCUACCACAGACAAAUUCAAGUAUUUCUUCUUCCCCUACGAUUCCUCUCUCCUCACCACCAUCGCGAUGGCUCAGCAGCGAGACAAGGAAGAGACGGAGCUCAAGGUCCCGGAGGCCCUGAGAUGCCCGGCAGCCAUCCCCGCGCCGCCGAAGACCGCCGGCGCCGACGACAAGGCCUGCACGACAAGAUCGCCGGAGGCCUCAGAUCCGCCGGCGGAUCAGGCGAUUUGCACGGACGAGUCGCGAUCUAGCUCGGCUUGCUUGCCGUAUCUGAGUCCUCGGCCUCGCCGGAUGGAGCGGGUGGUGAAUCGGUGCGCCGGUUGCCGCAGAAGGGUCGGGCUGACCGGGUUUCGGUGCCGCUGUGGCGAGCUGUUCUGCUCGGAGCACAGAUACUCCGAUCGCCACGAUUGCAGUUUCGAUUACAAGGCUGCUGGUCGGGAGACGAUCGCGCGCGAAAAUCCGGUGGUUAGGCCGGCAAAAAUUCUCAAAGUUUGAACGAGUCCGCGCCUGAAAGAGAUCGAAGAUCAAGUCCUCAAACCUUCUAAAUCCCCCCGAUUUCCAGCUUCAGAGAGAGAGAGAGAGAGAGAGAUGAAAUCUGGUUGAUUCGCGUCUUCCGUAGGGGUUCUAUGUGGCUUGGGUAGCUGGAGAUUGGGGGUACGUUGACGGGAAAUUCGGUGAACGAUGGAGGGUACUAUUGUCAUUUGCAUUGUUAUGAUAGUGAAUUUUUAAUUUUCUAUUUAUUUUUCCAA